AUGUUGAUGACUAUGUACUUAACCAAUUGGGCGUUUCGUCGUGUGCUUUCAACCAACGACACGAUUAUACAUAUGUCUCCAUUGAGUUACAAUAGUUGUGGUUGUUAUUCACUUGAAUCAAUAUUUCACACAACAUUACAAUGUUUCUACAAUCAACAAUGUACUGAUUCAACAAACGCAUUUAAGUCAAUAAAAAUGUCAUUCUUGAGCCGAAGUCGCUUCACAAUAAAUCAAACAAUUGAAUCACUUGUCAAUGAACUGAUGACAGAAGAAGUGAAAUAUGAUAUAGAUUAUCGAAAUUAUUUUGAUGGAUGUUCACCAUCGUUGUGUAUCUAUUCCUACAUUGAUGAGGCUAAUGUUAUCGAAGGAGUAACAAAAUUGAUCGGUUGGUAUGGCAGUUUGGUGAGAUUAUUUGUCGAAUAA